CACUCUGUGCACAAUACAUACCCGACAGCUGACUUACUCGAAUCGAACUGCUCACACGGUGAUGGUCGGAUCGUAUCACGAGGUUUUAUUUCACGUUUGACUUCAUUACUCCUCUAUUCGUUUGGGCCCUCAUUUAAACGCAAAAUUUCACAAAAUCAUCAUUCAAAAACAACUAAGUCACAUUUUAUUUUUCGCGUUUGCUUUCAAUCAUUCAAAUCAUUUCGGCCAGUAAAAUCCGAGCAGAAAUUUCUAUUUCAUAAAAAAAAUCGCAGCAAUAUUUUGAGUGUUUCAUAUUGAGUAGUUCUUUUGUGCAUUUUAAUUUGUUGAGUAAGACGAAAGAAGAAGAAACGACACAAUUUAAGCAUCGAACGACAAGAUAUAAACAUGAGUGUGUCAGAAGACGGAAGAGAUCGAUUAUUAUCAGCGUUAAAAUAUUUUGUGUUAUUAAAUUUCGAUCAUUGAACGACGACGACGACACAUUUUUUUUCUGUUUUUAUCAGAAGCAACGGCAACAAAAAAAAGAAGAUUAAUUCAGAUGGUGUGAGAAACCAAACAAAAUAAAACAAGUGCAUUUGUUCAUCAAUCAGUGAUUACGAGAACGGGGAGAAAAAUAUAAAAUAUAACAACAAUAAAAAAAAAACAUCAAAAAAUAUCGAAACAAGUCAUCAUCGUUACCACAAUCUCAAUCAUCCAUAAAUGUUCCAAUUCAACGCGUUGAAAAUUAUUUCGUUCCAACAACGACGCAAUCAAUUGUGUGUGCAUGACCUUAUUGGAUUUUCAUUUACCAACCACGGAAGAAAGUAGUCAGUCAGUUCAAGUUUUUAUUUUCUUUCUUUCUCGCAUAACAAUAUCUAUACGAGACUCCGUUGGCAAUUCAUGCGUGAACAACCUGGUGCUGCAAUUGAUUUGCCAAUUUGGAAAGAAGCAAAAAAAACCCGAAGAAAUCGUGUGUAAUCAAAACACAAGCGAAAAUCGAAUAAUAAAAUAAUUCAAAUAAAGAAAUAAACGCAAAGCAAAGCAAAAUAAAGCCAACAAAAAAGAAAGGGGAGAGGGAGAGACAGAGGAAGAAAGAAAGAAAAUGCAAUCGAUUUGCUGGACAACGCGGCUGGUAUCGCGAGCAUUGCGAAGUGGUUUCUCAACGCUGGUCGAGCCAAGCAAUAAAGUCAAGCCACAUUUUGUAUCGGUUGCAUGUGGUUUUCCCAAAGAUUUCCUCCGGUCAAAAUACAAAUUGGGCAGAUUCGGUGAAGAUGCCUGGUUUGUUGCAUCCACACAAAAUGCAGACGUCAUCGGUGUAGCCGACGGAGUCGGUGGAUGGCGCAGUUAUGGAAUAGAUCCGGGCGAGUUUUCAUCAUUUUUGAUGCGAACAUGUGAGCGACUUGUCGACUCAGCCAACUUCAAUCCAAAACAACCUGUUAGUCUAUUAUCGUACAGUUACUGUGAAUUGCUAGAACAAAAGAAACCAAUUUUAGGCAGUAGCACGGCGUGUGUACUGAUAUUGAACCGAGAGAAUAGCACCGUGUACACAGCGAAUAUUGGUGACAGUGGAUUCAUUGUGGUACGCAAGGGUCAAAUAAUCCAUCGAUCGGAGGAGCAACAGCACUAUUUUAACACACCGUUCCAAUUGUCGCUGCCGCCACCCGGCCAAAAUGUGCUCAGUGAUAGUCCGGAAUCGGCCGAUUCACUCAGUUUCCCCGUCGAGAAUGGUGAUGUCAUUUUGGCAGCCACUGACGGCGUUUUCGACAAUGUGCCGACAGAUUUACUUCUGGAUAUAUUAAAGACCUGCGAGGGUGAGAGUAAUCCAGUGAAACUUCAAAUGACUGCAAAUGCCAUAGCACUAAUGGCUCGGUCGCUAUCGUUCGAUAGUGAAUUUAUGUCGCCAUUCUCCGUGAAUGCCCGACGAAGUAACAUCCACACAACCGGUGGCAAACCAGACGAUAUUACUGUGGUACUAGCGACAGUUGCGACAUAAACUCCGCUUGAACUCAUUUAUCCGAAUGCCAUUUGUGCAUAAAAUCUAAAUCUAGGGAAAACUAUGAAACUAUACGUUAAUUUUUAAAUACUAGAUGUAAUUAAUCAUUUUUUCGAAGAGAAAAGUGGUUAGGAAACAACAAAAUAAUGGCGUGUUCAGAGAUAAAGUAGAAGAAGAAAGAGAAACCCAUGGAAUAUAAAGUUUGCAUUGUGAAAGAAAACUAUCAAUUCUCAUAACGAUCAUAAAAUCCAACUCAUUUUUAUUGUUCAAAAAUUCAUCAUCAAAUCAAAAUCCACAAAAAUCGAAUGAACGAAAGAAAAACCACGGCAUUUCAUUGCCAAUACUUUAGAAGAAAAAAAAUUUGUCAAACACAACGAACUUCAGUGGAAUUUACCUAUAUAUUUUUGUUUUUAGGAAUUUUUCUGUUUGUUUCUUUUACUGUGUUCCUUUCUGAAGAACAAAGAAUGAAUAAACGAAUCACAUUUGAAAAAAAAUUGAUUGAAAAAUGAA